AUGCAGUCUGAACGUCCAGACGGGCGGUUGAAGCUGAUGUAUGCGCCCAUCACCCAAUCUUUGGUCUUAGGUUUGCAGAGUAGAGAAGAAGAGUGUGGCUACAAGACCUUCAAAGUCUUGCCAGAAACCCGGCGUGACAUCUUCCAAUAUCCCGUUCCGCCGAAGUCAGGCGAUGUGAUCAUCUAUGUCGGCACCUUGAACUCCUCCACGUUUAUGGACCGCUGCCGCACGCAGAUGGCUCCCAACCGCACCUAUUGCAUUUGGUAUCAAGUGGAGCCGCGCGAAUGGCCCAAGGCGAGUCCCACGGGCCGCUCCGGUGUGUGCGAGGUCUGGGAGUACACGCGCGGCAACGACCCGUCAUUGGGCGUGCCGUUGGUGCGCUACGUGCCGCCGGGCUUCAUGCCGACCGAGGCCACGGAGGAGCAAAACGAUCGCCUGGUACAGUGGAGGGCGCGAUCCUUAAAUCCCAAGAGCUUGCAAUGGUACUUCAUUGGGCGCUUGGGGCCGUUGAGGCAAGUUUGCUGGGAUCAAUUGCAAGAGUUGAAGUAUUUCAAGAAGCACGAGCUGAAAAAGAUCCCGCAAGGUGGAGCGAAAGGCUAUCCGAAGGUGUACACGGUGGAGGAUUGGAGGAAGCUCGGGCGUCUCAAGAAUGCGGCGUUUCUGAACUUUCACCAAGCUUGCAAUCGUCCUCAGCCGUUGGAGACCAAACCCCUGGAGACGGUGCGGGUGGCACAGCUUUUGAGUCUGGGCUUCUUGGUGGUUUCAGAGGAGGUCAACAGCAUAGACAAAGCACUCUAUGAACAGAUCGUCCUGGUCGAGAAGGACCUCUUUCAUGAGAAGAACUGGAGCCCUUUCUUUUGGUCUGGGAUGGUGGUGUGCCGAGCCGAAGCACCUGCGACGCCUAGCACCGCCGAAGGACGUGAGACGGCGCAACGAAAGAGUCCACCAAGGGGUCCGGAAGGCAACGGUCGGAGCCUUCGGAAGCAGAGACGGGAACGACGGGAGGGCGCCAUGGGGCAGACGAAUUGCUGCUGUGAGAAGACUGAGGAUGACAGGCAGCUUCUGCAGACGCUGGUGACGGACGGAAUCGCCUCGACCUCCGACAGCGUGGUGGUGCGCGCACGGAUGGAUGGUUCUGCUCCGCUGGAACCACCUCGAGAUGUCUCCUUCUGGGAUCAGAUCGAAGGCGUCUAUGCACGUAAGGAGGAUGGCAAGUUCAUGGCUCGCUUGCAGUCGAAUCUCCUCGCCUGGGCGCCGGACUUCAAAUCCGACCCCUCCGAGCUUUCAGUGUCCGGCCCAAAGCAGAUCUCCAUGAGCAUCGGGGGGAAGCUCUACACGGCAGAAGUGAUCCCGGCUCGAGGUGAGCUUGUUUGGGACGACGGAGAGGUGUGGAUCAAGAAGUGA